AUGGACUCGACCCUUCGCCCAGCCUACAAUUCCCAAGCACCUUUGGUCGGCUCCUCUUUCGCUCCCUCUGCAUCAACCCUCGCUCCUUCCACCGACCAGUCUACCAUGGCCGCCCAGGCCCAAUCUACCCUGGAGAUUGCCUCGAAUGCGACAAAGCAGGUGUUUUCUUCGCCCUCACUACAACCCUCUACAUGUGCCCCGCAAACCUCGGCUCCAAUGCAGCCCUUGUCGCAGACACUAAGCAACACCUCCAACGCGGCUGUCUUGCCUAUCGCCCCAGCAGCAGGCAACGCUCAGGGACUUUUGCCUGUGAAUGCAGCACCUGCCCCGGCCGAGAACUAUCCCCACCAGAUAAAUGGUCUAGGGGGUCCUACAGCCACGGCGCCCUUCUUGCAGGAUUUCAACCUUGUAGCUGAGGCGGCCAAACGGGCCCAGAUGGGUAUUGUCAUGCGCGACCUCGAGAGUGUGACUCUAUGA